CAAGCAAGAUGGCGCUGGACGGUCGGCACGGAGGAUUUUUAAGUCCCGAUUCGUUGACGAUAGACAACGGACACGAUCGUCUGCAGACCCUGGCACCAAGUAAUUCAAUGGAAGAGCUCCAUCAUGUGCAACACUUCAUUGAGCUGACCAAGAAAAACAUUCAGGAGCUCUUGGCCAAGUUCCAAGACAACACUAAUCCGUCUUCUAUCUUCAUUGAGGAAUAUGAAGAGCUGACCGAGAAACUCAACGAGCUCCAGGUGCGCAAGCAGGAACUGCAGGAGUGUAUGAGCAAUGGCCGGCAGUCACCCUCGCCGGUCCCCUCCCCCUACAACCCAGAGCCGGCUCCCCACUACCCCCUACAUCCGCUCAAGACGGUUCCAGCCCAGGACGGCCAUGCGCCUGUCCUGCACACCCCUUACCGGCCGCUUGAGGGGUCUGUGCGGACCCACAUCCGUGACGACGCUGGCGUUGCAAAGGAGAUCCCAACAUCUCCACCUGUCAGUAAAUACGUGCGAGCCUAUUUGCCUAACAAGCAGAGAACAUCAGUACUUUGCAAGCCAGGCACCACGUUGCGGGAUGCCCUAGCCAAAGCCAUGAAAAUGCGGGAGCUGACCGUGGAUAUGUGCAAUGUCUUCAAACGCAACCCCAGGCACCCUGUCCCCUGGGACACCGACAUGAUGUAUCUCGCAGGGCAAGAGAUUUGUGUUGAGGUGUCGGAACAGUACCCCACAGCUCGCAGCAUAUCUCACAAUUUUGUCAGGAAGACUUUCUUCACGCUGAUGUUCUGUGACAACUGUCACAAGCUCCUAUUCCACGGUUUCCGAUGUCAGACCUGUGGCUACAAAUUCCACCAGCGGUGCGCCAGCAAAGUGCCCACACUAUGCGUGGCCGAGAACCUGUACAAGAUGCUUCUGAUGAAGAACGAAGAGGAGGAUGACGUGGACGAGGAAGAGCCGGACUCUCCCACCACCCCAGUCAGGACGACUGAUACCCCCAAGGCCACACUGCCCCGAGAGCGAUCCACCUCCGCGCCCAACGUCAGCUUCAACGCCGUCAAUGCAAUCACCACCACCACCGAGGGGUUCAGCGACACCAAGUUUGUGUUUAAAAGCAACCCAGCAGAUCUUGGUGCCAGACACACGCACGCAGUAAGCCCUGCGAUUGGUGUGGUCCGGCCGCGCCAAAUAAGCUUCACGCCUACCAUAGUGAGCGCUGGGCGUGAUAAUGUCUUUGAUUACAGCCCAACCAGUGCACUACCUGUGAUGUCUAAUCUAGCCUCCAGUCUACCCAACUCAGAGGUUCACAGUCCAAAUAGAAUUGUCACCAGUAACCAAGCCUCACCCACACACCGAGAUCGCUGGAAGAACCGAGGUCCCAACAGUUCCACCAGCUCAGCCGAAGACACUAAAAUCAAAAAGCCUAGGCAAAGGAGGGAUUCGAAUGACGACUGGGAGAUCCCCACUGAAGAGAUCCAGAUUGGCCCACGGAUAGGAUCGGGAUCAUUUGGAACCGUGUUCAAGGGGCACUGGCACGGUCCUGUGGCGGUCAAGCGGUUGAACGUGACGGACCCCACUGCCUCCCAGCUGCAGGCCUUCAAGAACGAGGUGGCGGUCCUGCGCAAGACCCGGCAUGCCAACAUCCUGCUGUUCAUGGGCUGCACCUCCAAGCCCCAGCUGUCCAUCGUCACCCAGUGGUGCGAGGGCUCCAGCCUCUACAAGCACUUGCACGUCCAGGAGACCAAGUUUGAGAUGUACAACCUGAUCAACAUUGCCCGGCAGACGGCGCAAGGCAUGGACUAUCUGCAUGCUAAGAACAUCAUCCAUCGAGAUAUGAAGUCCAAUAACAUUUUCUUGCACGAUGAUCUGACGGUGAAGAUUGGCGACUUUGGCCUGGCCACUGUCAAAUCAAGAUGGAGUGGUUCUCAGCUCUGUGAGCAACCCACGGGCUCCAUCUUGUGGAUGGCUCCGGAGGUGAUCCGGAUGAGAGAUCCCAACCCCUACUCCUUCCAGUCUGAUGUCUACGCCUUCGGUGUGGUGUUGUUUGAGCUGGUCUCAGGCCAGCUGCCUUAUUCCAACAUCAACAACAAGGACCAGAUUAUCUGGAUGGUAGGGCGUGGCUACUUAUCUCCGGAUACUAACAAGGCCAGAAACGACACGCCCAAAGCCCUGAAGCGACUCAUCAUAGACUGUUGUAAGAUGAACCGUGAGGAGAGACCCCUGUUCCCACAGAUCUUGGCCUCCUUGGAAGGUUUAGCCCGCCUCCUCCCCAAGGUACAUCGCAGCCACUCCGAGCCCUCCAUGAACCGGGCCCGUUUCCAAGCCGAUGACUUCAUGUAUUGCCCCUCUCCCAAGACACCCAUCAACAGCCAGUUUGGUGCAUUCCCCUUCUUCACUGGAACGGGAGGGCUGUAGGCAUUGAAUAAAUUGUUAACAAUAAAUUGCCUGGAACGUGAUUGCCGGGACUAGGGCUUCUUGACGACCCCCUGUGUCAGGACCCCCGUUUUAAGGCGAGUGUAUCUCGCGGCUGUCUGCAAGACAAGUGACAAGAACUUUGACUUGAGGGGACAUUUUUUGACUGGAGUGAAUGUCGUUUGACUUACGAUGGGCAAAAGCCCAACAACAAUUGUGAGCAGCCGUGCACAGGUCCAGCUGACCAGAUCUCUGUGACAACGGUGUUGGUUUUCGGAGUGGCAGAGUGCAGGUGGCACUACUUAACUAACAUCUGCGGCAAAUUCUUACAUCAGACAGUAUUUUUUUGAUGCAUUAGUCUGAAGUUUUUCACCACACUGUGCAAAUACUGCCAUGGAUGCAUGUGUUUAAACCAAUGAGAGACAGCUGUACUAUCAGACCGUGCUCAGUCCACUGGAGUAAGAUAACUGUCUCGUUCUGAACUCGUCUUUGAAGACAGAGACCUUGGUGUUCUCAAGACAGCAGGGAACGGAACCAACACGAGCUGUGCUUCAAGUCAAAAGUGGAUUUCUACAUGCCUUCUGCCCUAGAACUGAAAAGCCCACAGUGGGAGCCCGGCACAUUGCAGAAGAGCCUAAUGCUGAGUAGGUUUCCAGAGUUGGGCCAUUUCUUGCUGUGCAUUUUCAAGCGGUCUUUUACGGCAACUGGCCAAGAGUUUAAUACUUCAGCGUUGGAGAGAUAAAGAAGCCUGCAUUGCUCUGUGUCUCCCUGUACAGAAGAAAACAUGGAUUCUUUGUGUAUACAGAGAAGUUGAUUCAGUCUCGACUUCCAGCCGUUCUCUGUUUUACCCAGCACACCCGGCUUCAGUCUAAUUGGUGCAGUGUUUGUAACUACCACCAAAACAAAAACCAAAAACACACCAGGUGUUUUGCUGUUACAACUUCUGUUGAAUCUUCUGAUUCACAUUGGUUUGAUGUUAACACGCUGUCAAUAUAGAGAACUGUUUACAUUUUAAGCAUUUGGUGAAAUUGUGGCAAUCAGUUGGAACCGUGGAAAACAGCCAAUACUCAAUUUUUUUUAAACAUUUUAAAUUAUUGUGCUUUUGUUCUGUAAGAGGAUAGGUGUUGUUUCAGUGGAGGGAAGUUUUACGGUGUGCUACAGGAGAAUGUCAAGUUUUAAUUCCUUAGUUAUGUUUUAUAAAACAGACUUUUUUUAAAUUGUCGAACUGUAAAUGAUUUGAAGGAGCAAUUUCAGUCUUAGAGAAAUUACUUUAAUUUCAAAGACUUCGAUAAAUUGGACUUUCUCAGAUUGAGGGCUGGUCCCAUCAAAAAGGCUUUACAUCCUCUAUAAUGUAAUUACAGACAUGAGGUGGAAUUUUAAAAACACAAAAGUUACCUUUUUUUUCCAUGAACUCAAACUGCAUUUGCUUACUAGAUGUAUACAAAAAAAUGCAUAUAUACUGCCGGUUCAGUAUACAGAAACUAAACAUUAAAAAAGAAGUGCUACAAUUAACCUGUGUAUGCCUUUACUAACAUGACUGUACAGUUUCAACCAAAAAAAAAGUAGAAAACAAAAAAAAAAAUCAAAAGGAUUUCAUGAAAUGGUGUUUAGUUUACAGGCAGUGGGAAAUGUUAUGAAGAACGUGCAGUCUUUUAUGUUUUUCAGAACAGGGAAGGUGUGGGUGUUGUGUUGGCCCGUGCAUUUUGGUUUUUCAUAUACAGAAGGUAUUGCUUACAAGCUGGCUGUCAUGAAUGUGCAGUCAGAAUAAAGGGGAGAACUGACUACUUUAGUGUUAGGGUAACAAAACUCAAACCAGUCAAGAAAAUGUUGAUCUUUCAAGUGAAAUCAAGACAUAUUUAGAGUAGUUUUCGGUGGACUGUACUGAAGUUGUAUGUUCCUGCCUGUGGAAUAAUCAUUUUUGCUGUAGCCUGUCAGUCCUCCUGAUCAUGGGGCUUAGUUUGAGUCGCCACCAAGAAAACAACAAAAUUAAUAUGGAUCUGGCGGAAAUGGGGAUAAGUCUUGUGUGAAAAGUCAUUAUUUCCCACAGUGGCACAUGCUUAGGCAGCAUUGCUGUCCAGCUAGGCAUCCUGAGUGGCCUGAUACUAAUAUAGUUCCCGCUCACUUUUUGAAAAAAAAAAUGGUAUUAGCUGGUCAUCCCAGAUGGGAUUUCUGGGGUGGGGAAAGUAGAGUGAUGCUGUUUUUAUGGAAAGGCAAGUAAAGGAUUUGGGAAAUGUGUAUCUUCAUGAAAGCAUUGGCAAUAUGUAGUUUCACCAGUUUUAAAUGCAAGUACCAUAAUGCUGUAAAUCAGUAUAUCAAUUUUCAACAACAAAUGCCAACUUUCUCCCUUUUUGUUUUCCUUUGGACGGGGAAGGGGAGAGAAGAACUUUUAAAAUAUUAAACAGUUGAAGUAACUAUUCAAAUAAGAAAUUAAUGUGUAUUAAGCAUGGCCAAAAUGAAUUACAAAUGAUGAAUUGUUGCAAAAAUAUGUUAUGAUUUGUCACUUGUUUACCAUUUCUCAGGCAUGGUGGACCAGCUUUCUAAAAAUUUAUAUGAGAAAAAUGUUUAACAAAUUUCACUGUCAUUGAUAGUAACAGUGGCAUUAUUUAAACCUGUUGUAAUGUUUCGUAUAGUGGGAAAUAGGACUAUUUGUCGACUUGUAUCUUGCUCAGAACAAAAAUCCUAACUCCUUAUGUUGCAGGUAAUGCAGUUUAUUAAAAAUCUGUACAGCCUUUUUUUAAUACAAAACAACCAAAGGUCAUUGAACUCAUGGAUGCUACAUAGCUGAAGAAUCUAAGUAUACUGAAUUCUUGAAGUUCUUAGUCUUUUCCUCAAAAAAUCUGAGCAAGGUCUUGGUUUAUAAGUUGACCAGACUUCUUAGAACUGCAAAAACUUUUUGUGGGGGGGGGUUGUGAUUUUCAUGCACUUUACCAACUAGUUCUACCACUCAAAGUUUUACCUAUGAAAAAAGUUGUGUAUCAUUUUAAUGAUAGGAUUAUCUGUCUUGUACUUUUAGUCUUAAAGAUGUAUUUUUUUUAAUUUUCAAAGUGUAAUAAUUAUGAAGAUAAUUUGACUAGAUAGACUGAUACAUGAGACGCAAACCUGGUUCUUAUUUUACAAAUUGAUGAUCGUUUAUUAUUAUUUAUGUGUGUGUAUAUUACAUUUUGCCUUGUAAGAUUUUUUUCUAAAGUGUAUAAAGGGGUGUUUUUCUCCCCGGGCGUAUCCUGCAGUGUACCAUAGUAAAGACCGCCUAUUAAUACUUGAAAUGUCAACUCUCA